UCACUACUAAUAAUAAUAAUAAUGAUGUAUACAUCAAACAAACAUAUAAUUGUUGUGGCUGUAAUGUUGCUGACUUUCUCAGCCAUAACAUCUGCCUACAAGAUCAACAUUGACUCCAACAACAUAUUGGAUGACUCCAACUACCAACUUGGUGUUGGUAUCUAUGAUGUAACCGGUCCCGCCGCUGAGACUGGAAUGAUGGGAUAUGCUGUACCACAACAAGUUACUGGAGGCCUUCACUUUAGAUUGAGAGCCAGAGCAUUCGCCUUUUUGGACUCGAAUGGAAAUAGAGCAGUCUAUGUUAGUGUGGACGCUUGUAUGAUAUUCCAAGCAGUUAAGUUACAUGUUGUUACAUUGCUCCAAGAACACUUUGGACCAGGAGUCUACUCUGAGGCCAAUGUACUUCUAUCUGGUAUCCAUACUCAUUCUGGACCUGGUGGAUACUCCAUGUAUGCACUCUAUGACAUCACCACUCUUGGUUUCUAUGAGGCCAACUUCAACACCAUCUGUCAAGGAAUAUUCGAGGCCAUCGUCAUGGCCCAUGGUAACCUCCAACCAGGCAGACUCCUUGUGUCCCAAUCAGAGUUGUUCAACUCCAACAUCAACCGUUCUCCACCCGCCUACCUCAACAACCCUGCUGAGGAGCGUGCCAAGUACCAAGACAAUGUGGACAAGAACAUUACUGUGAUCCGUUUGGAGAAUACCGCUGGACAACCAAUAGGUGCCAUCUCAGUGUUCGCCGUACAUUGUGUCAGCAUGAACAACACUAAUCAUCUGAUCAGUGGUGAUAACAAGGGAUAUGCUUCGUAUAUGUUUGAAAAGACUAUGAAUGGUAUCAACUCGUUGCCAGGUGUUGGACCUUUCGUCGCUGCUUUCGGUCAGUCCAACGAGGGUGAUGUUAGUCCAAACACUGAUGGACCCAAGUGCCAAAAGGAUGGAUCACCAUGUGCCGAGGACUCCACCUGCAAUGGAAAGAAUGAGGAUUGUUACGCAUUGGGACCAGGCAAAGACGGUGACAUGUUUGACAGCACCCGUAUUAUUGGUACCAACCAGUUCCAGAAGGCCUUUGACAUGUUCAAUAAUGCCUCAGCUCACAUCCCCGUCGUAGGUGGCAUCAACUACCGCCACACCUACCUGCCCAUGACCAACCUUUCUGUCUACCCGCCAUUCGCGCCAACUUCCGAACCAGUCACAACAUGUCGUGCCGCCAUGGGUUAUUCAUUCGCCGCAGGCACCACUGAUGGUCCAGGCGCAUUCAACUUUAUUCAAGACGACAACCACACCAAUGGCAACAUCUUCUGGAACUUCAUCAGCAGCUUCAUCGCUGAGCCCACCGAGGAGCAGAAGAAGUGCCAGGCACCCAAGCCCAUCCUGAUCGAUGUUGGUCUGACCAAGCCCUUGCCCUGGAUCCCCGACGUCAUCCCCAUCCAAAUCAUCACCAUCGGCCAGAUCGUUCUGUGCGCCGUUCCAGGCGAGUUCACCACAAUGGCCGGCCGUCGUCUACGUGAGCAAAUCGCUGGCAUCGUUGGCAACUCCCUCGGCGCUGAGCCCAUCGUCCUAGUCGCAGGCCUGUCCAACACCUACACCGGCUACAUCACCACCUUUGAGGAGUACGAGGUGCAACGAUUCGAGGGUGCCGCCACAGCCUUUGGACCAAACUCACUUGGUGCCUACCAACAGGAGUUUGGCAAGCUAGCCCAAGCCAUCGUCGCCAACCAGCAAGUGCCCUCAGGCCCAACCCCACGCAACAUGACCGGCCACACCUUCUUCUUCCUCCCUCCCGUCGUAGUUGAUGAGGCGCCCAACGGAGUGUUUGGCUCGGUCUACAAGGACGUCUCACAGACCACCUACACUGUCAACGAGACCGUGACAGUCGUGUUCUUUGGUGCCAACCCAAGGAACAACUUCAUGACCCAGUCCACGUUCCUCACGGUCGAGAUGGAGACCUCGCCUAACCAAUGGACCACAGUGUUGGUUGAUGGCGACUGGGACACUCGCAUGUACUGGAAGAUGCACGAUGACAUUGGUUCGCAGUCCCUCAUCACCAUUGACUGGAUCGUUGGCCAGACCUUCCCCGUCAAGUCUGGUAACUACCGCAUCAGCCACCAAGGCUAUGCCAAGCCCAGCCCACUGUCCGACCACCGUGUACCAUACAGUGGACAGUCCAGUACCUUUGAGGUAGUU